AUGUUGCUGAACUUAUUGCUUUCAUACAACAUUUCUAGAUUGAUGCUAAUUUACUAUAAAACAUCCAAUGGCUCCUAUCAACCUGGGAUGGAACCGAAGCGUCAACGAACAGCCUACACGAGACACCAAAUAUUAGAACUGGAAAAAGAAUUCCAUUACAACAGAUAUCUCACAAGGAGAAGACGAAUAGAGAUAGCUCAUACACUAGUCUUAUCAGAGAGGCAAAUAAAAAUCUGGUUUCAGAACAGACGAAUGAAAUGGAAGAAGGACAAUAAGCUGCCGAACACCAAAAACGUUAGAAGAAAAACAAAUCCAGCUGGCGUGACUACAACCACGGCUAAGGGAUCCACACCAAAGAGUAGAUCGAAUAAGAAUACAAAUAACAAUGACAAGAAGAAAUCAAAUAACAACGGUAGGCCAGAUAGUAUAGAAAAUGUUACGGAUAAUAUUAUGAACGAUUUGCACUGUGUCGGGGCUCAACAAAAUUUAUCUCAUGAUCCUGCCAUUAGUCCAAUGUCACAUCAUGGAGGUCAGAUGAAUCCGGGUCAUCCUAUGACGCCGCAUCACUUGCACAUGAUGGGCAUGCAUGCCGGCAUGGAUCCAGCUUUGCUAGCCAACUUAUCGGCGCAUGGCUCACCCGUCGGCACCGCUGGAUGUGGCACAGGCAUCACCGGACAACCAGUCAUCAAAUCAGACUACGGUCUAACCGCCUUAUAA